CCCUCUCUCUCUCUCUCUCUCUCAGCUUGUAAUCAGAGGCGAAAAUGGCCAUAAAUCCGUCGGUUACAACAAACAUAAACCCCAGUAUAUAUACAAGUAGGCCCUUGGGCUAAUAUUUCCUCUCCAACCCUUCUUUACUGCUCCCUCCUCCUACGUACUACUGCUGCUGCUGCCGCUGCUGUUGCGGCCAUUGUUACGAGUAUCUACUACAGCGUCGCCACUGCCCCACCUUCUGAUCUUAAUUUAUGUCCUUCUCCCCGAGAUUUCAUCCAUUCUCUCUCUCGGUUCAUGCAAAGAUCUCCGCUUCUCCGGCCGUUACGAUCAAUCAAAUUUUCAAAUGGGCCUCUUUUUGAGCCAUGCCCCUCAAAAUCAUCCCACCAAUAUUACUCCCCAAAUCCAAAGACGUCGCUUGUUCUUGUGAUAUUUUUUUGGACAUUCUGGUGUCUGUUGUCGGGGGGUUUUCGUUUUUUUUCCCCUAUAUUAAUUGCACUAAAUUAACGACAGUAUCGGUAUUGAUAGUAAUGAUAUCGUCAGUAUCAUGGGCAUAGCUGAUUUGCCAGAGAUUCUUCUUCCUCGUCUUCGUCUUCUUCUUUUUCACUUCGUCGUUCAUUUUUGUUACCGUCGCCAGCAUCAAAAUAACGACUCUUGUUGCCGGCGGUGGUGCUGACGGUGCUGCCGGACGAUGGAGUAUGGCAUCGGCGGAAGUGGCGGCGGAAGUGGCGGGUCCGGCGGCGACCCCCACGAUGGCUCUGACCCUCAGCGGCGGAAGAAACGUUACCAUCGCCACACUGCUUACCAGAUUCAGAAGCUCGAAGCAAUGUUCAAAGACUUUCCUCAUCCAGAUGAGAAGCAAAGGUUACAAUUAAGCCGAGAACUGGGUUUAGCUCCUCGCCAGAUUAAGUUCUGGUUCCAGAACAGGAGGACCCAAAUGAAGGCCCAACAUGAACGAGCCGAUAACUGUGCCCUUCGGGCGGAAAAUGAUAGAAUUCGCUGCGAGAAUAUAGCAAUCAGAGAGGCUCUGAAGAAUGUCAUAUGCCCCACUUGCGGCGGCCCCCCUGUCGGAGAAGAUGCAUAUUUUGAUGAGCAAAAAUUGCGAAUCGAGAAUGCCCAAUUGAAGGAAGAGCUUGACAGGGUUUCCAGCAUAGCAGCAAAGUAUAUCGGGAGGCCAAUUUCACAGCUCCCUCCGGUGCAGCCAAUUCAAUUAUCUUCCUUGGAUCUAUCCAUGGCAAGCUUCGGGGCACAGGGAAUGGCUGGCCCUUCACUUGAUCUGGAUCUUCUUCCUGGCAGUUCAUCAUCAUCAACUGCCCCACAUUUGCCUUUCCAGGCAAUAGCCAUUACAGACAUGGAUAAGUCCCUCAUGGCUGAUGUCGCCACCAAUGCCAUGGAUGAGUUCAUCAGGCUUUUGCAGAGCAAUGAGCCUUUGUGGGUGAAGUCCACAAAAGAUGGGAGAGAAGUUCUUAGUCUUAGUACUUAUGAGAGGCUUUUUUCCAGGGGUUCUAGCCACUUGAAAAAUCCAAACAUUCUGAUUGAAGCAUCAAGAGAUUCAGGGGUUGUCAUAAUGAAUGCCUUGACUUUAGUUGACAUGUUCAUGGACUCGAAAAAAUGGGUAGAGCUAUUUCCCACCAUAGUAUCAAAGGCACAAACACUCGAAGUGGUAUCAUCUGGAAUGCUGGGUGGGCAGAGUGGAACCUUACAACUGAUGUACGAAGAGUUGCAGGUUCUUUCGCCUCUGGUUCCAACUCGACAAUUCUAUCUCCUACGCUUCUGUCAGCAAAUUGAGCAAGGAUCCUGGGCCAUUGUUAAUGUGUCAUAUGAUCUCCCUCAAGACAGCCAAUCUGCAGCUCUCCGGCCUAGAUGCCACAAGCUGCCUUCUGGGUGUUUGAUCCAAGAUAUGCCAAAUGGGUACUCCAAGGUUACUUGGGUGGAACAUGUGGAAGUAGAAGACAAAACCCCAACACAUGCACUCUUUAAGGAACUCAUUCAUAGUGGAUCAGCAUUUGGAGCUGAAAGAUGGCUUGCCACUCUUCAGAGGAUGUGCGAGAGAUUUGCUUGCCUUAUGGUCACUGCCAAUUCGACUCGUGAUCUUGGAGGUGUGAUUCCAUCACCAGAGGGCAAGAGAAGCAUGAUGAAGCUAGCUCAAAGGAUGGUAAGCAAUUUUUGUGCGAGCAUCAAUCCAUCUAACGGACACCAAUGGACCACACUCUCUGGCCUAAGCGAAGUAGAAGUUCGAGCCAGUCUUCACAGGAGUACCAACCCUGGCCAGCCUAGUGGCGUUGUUCUUAGCGCGGCUACUACCAUUUGGCUUCCUGUUUCUCCCCAAAAUGUAUUCAAUUUCUUCAGAGAUGAAAGAACCCGACCUCAGUGGGAUGUUCUUUUUAGUGGCAGUGCCAUCCAGGAAGUUGCCCACAUUGCAAAUGGGUCUCACCCGGGAAAUUCUAUCUCUGUCCUCCGGGCUUUGAACACCAGCCAGAACAACAUGUUAAUUCUUCAGGAGAGCUGCAUAGAUUCAUCAGGCUCACUAGUUGUCUACUGCCCGGUGGACCUACCAGGCAUCAACGUAGCCAUGAGUGGUGAGGACCCUUCAUACAUUCCACUUCUGCCAUCCGGGUUUACCAUUUUGCCUGACGGCCAUCAUGGUGGCGAUAGUGGAGGAGACGGGGCAUCGACAAGCACUAGCAACACGCUGCCGGGCAGCAUCGGCAGUGGCGGAAGAUCAGGAGGAGGUUCACUUAUUACUGUGGUGUUUCAAAUAUUAGUAAGCAGCUUGCCAUCUGCUAAGAUGAACCCAGAGUCAGUUACCACUGUUAAUAACCUUAUCGGCACCACUGUCCAGCAAAUUAAAGCAGCCUUGAAUUGCCCCCCUACUUCCUUUUGAUCAAUCCAGCCUGCCUUCACUCCACAACUGUCCAUACCCUGAUGAUCUCUCUCUCUCUCUCUCUCUCUCUCUCUCUAUCACUCUCUCUCUCUCUCUCAUUAACAAUCUUUAAAUACAGCAUACAGCGGUCAGAAAAGUUUCAGUCUUGGAAGUAGUAUUGAUUGAAUGAAGGGCAAGUAAAUGAGGGUAGUUGGCCACUUUGAAUGCCCUCAAAGCCUCUCACUUAUUGCUGCUGCUGCUGCUGCUUCUGCUUUUCCUGCUCUGCCUAAGAUCAUUGCACUGCCCUUCCAACUGCUUAAUUACUUUCUUCCUGAUUCUACUUCUUCUUUGAGUUCUUCAUUUCUCUCCAUUUAUUACUUUCUCUUUUUGGGCCCAAAUCAGAUUAGUUUCAAAAGAGGGAGUCAAGAACGCACCAUACGCGUCUGCCUGUUGAUGUUGCCCUGCUGGCUGGCUGUGUCUUAAAUUUUUCCUCUUGAAUUCCUGCAGAGCAACUCAAACAUUAUUAGUGUAUGGUUCGGGCAUUGACUUCUCUGUUUAUGCAUUGUUUUGUAUUUUGUUCUCAUUGGAACUAUAAACACUCUUUAUCCCUUU